UAUAUAUAUAUAUAUGCUUCUCUAAUUACUAAUUAAUAUGAUAUAUGUGUCCAAACUCAAAACACAAUACCUGAUCUCCCACUUCUCUCUCCGAUCCUCUUAUUACAAGCUUACAAAUUAAAUAAUGGCAGAGGAUGCAAAGGUGGCAAGGGAAGCAAAGCUUGCCCAACUACUGAAUCAAACAUUCCAAGAUAAUAAUCAAAUUUCUUCAACUCCCAAGAUACAAAGAGUUCCUCUUUUUUGGCGUCAAAAAACCAGCUUCUACGAGUAUUGCAUACCCAAAAUGAUAUCAUUUGGUCCCAUUCAUCAUCGCAACGAAAAUCUGAAGCAACAAGGUCAACACUUGAAAUCUCAAUGGGCAUCUCUCUACAUUGAAGAAUACAGUAAAGAAGUAGGUCCUUGUAAUGGUAACAAGCAAGAAGCAGCAAACUAUUUGUAUGGAGUUGUAGGAUAUAACAUUGUGGAACUGAAGGAGCUGUUUGCUGAGGAUGUAAUUGAAGAGUAUAGUGAUGAAGAACUUAUUUGGAUGCUGUUUGAGGAUGGAUGCUCUUUGCUCUAUUACAUGGACCACGUUAAUGCUCAACAUCCAGAAGAACUGAAGCUAAAGUUUGAUCAACUGAUGUAUAUUGGCAGAGAUAUUCCAUUGCUGGAAAACCAACUUCCAAUAAAACUGCUGCAACUGCUGAGCAAAACACAAGGUGCUGACUUGGACUAUUUAAUCACAAAUUUUAUGAGCAUGGGCGAAGAAAAGCGGACUGGAAGGACAACGAUCACAAUCCCUAUAAGAAAUCAUAUACUUGAUUUUCUUCGCUCCUCCUACUUUCAUACAGAGAUUGAACAGAAUGUCCCAAACCAAAAUGGUGGUAUUCAAAUGCCUCCUCCUCCUCCUCCUCCUCCUCGUCCUCGUUCCUCCCUAGUCUGGCAAACUUACAAGAACAUACGUGAUCUGAAAAAAUCAGGGAUCCAGGUUAAGGUAAACAAGAGUGAUGAAUGGAAGUGGCAUGACAUCACCUUCACCUCAAGAUGGUUUGGUGGAGAGUUGACACUUCCUUUGUGGGUAUUCAGCAAUGUCACGCCUUACUUUUUUCGAAACUUGAUUGCUUACGAGAUGUGUCCGGACUUUCGCAACAGCUUCGAAUGUUGUUGUUACCUUUCUUUCAUGGAUUCCUUGAUAGAUAAUGCUGAGGAUGUGAAGGAGCUUAGAUCAGCUGGUGUUAUCCAAAAUUUGGUUCAAAGUGAUGAAGAAGUGGCCAAAUUCUUUAAUGAUAUUGGGAAUGACUUCCCCGCUAAAAUGUUCAAUCAAAUAUACACAACCGAUGCUAUCCCCAUUAGUAAGAAAUAUAUCCAAGUGAGGCGUCAAAUUCAGGAACAUUACUCGAGUAGAUGGAGAACUUUUCUGGCUGAAACACGGAGUACUUAUUUCAGUUCUCCCUGGUCUUUGCUUGCCUUUCUCGCUGCACUUUCAGGAUUAAUUCUCGCUGUUCUUCAAACAUGGUAUACCAUACAUUCUCCUAAAAAUUAGUUACCACAUUUAAAUAAUAAGGGUCCGUGUAUGUGUGUGUGUGACCCACACUUAUCAUGGUUUGCAUCUAAGAUUCUUAAACAACAAAAAAGUGUGUACCUCGAGUUGUUUUCCAUUAUUUGUAUGUUUUGUAAUGCAUUAUUUGAUUACUUAUGAUUGUAAUGGAAAAACAUGUAUGCUAAUUCAAGCUUGUAUAGUAUUGUUUGUUAAGGGCUAACUCA